GUCUGGUACAAACUAGUCGCUCCAAAGCCGCAUCGAUUAACCGCUCUUCUGUUUAUCACUAAAUAACCAUCAAACGGGAACUAACUGCAGACUUUUUUUUUUUUUUUUCUAUGCCCGGCCACAUUUUAUGUGUACGUCUUCGCCGCGUGUCCGCCUUUGACUACAUCCGCCUUCCCAUGUUUAUUUACAUGGCAACAUAUGGUUAGUUAGGGCAACUUUUUCGACGGCCAUGGAGCCGCUGUUUGAUCACAGUGUGUAUUUUCCCGCCGCGGGGGAGCUGGUGGACCCGGCGGAAUGCGACACUCUUCGGCAAAGAACACACUUUUACCUCGGGGAGACGGUCCAUUUUCUUGUGGUUCUGCGUAAAGGUAGUUUGUUAAGGGCAAAGCAAAUGGGCGACUUGUUCGCUGUGGCGACCGUUGGCGCCCUUCUCGACGACAGUCGGAUCGACCCAAAUAACAACGCAGAAGAAGAAACAGAAGCGAAGGAGGACCAACAAGGUGACAUUUUGCUUGAGCACCACAGAAGAAGAAGCAUCGGCGCAACCCGCAAAUUCGUAGAGUGCCGCCCGCUUCGCAACCACAACAAUGCACGUCAUAGGGUGGAACCGGUCAAGUCAAUGCCAUUGUCAGAAGAACAGAUUUCCUUCAGUCUUAAGGUUACUUUGGACAGGCUCCCUGUUGACACACUCCAAGCCAAGAUUGUGGUGAGCGUGUGGGAGCAGGAUGAAGACCAGAUGGAAGUGAGGGAACAUGGCUACCUCGGAGUCUUGCGGCUCUGCUCGCCUGCACGCACUUUCCGAGAGGACCUCAACAAAUUCAAGGCGCAGGUCAGUGCCACUUUGAAUGUUCUGCCGCCCCCCGGUGUCGGGUGUCAGCACCUGACCGUCUCUGGAAAACACCUGACCUUCCUGAAAGUUUCGAACGGUACCUCUUGUGAGGAGCUUUGCAUCACAGACGUGAGGAUCCUUCCCAACUACAACUCGUCCUACCUUCCAAUGAUGCCGGACGGUUCCGUUCUGGUCGUAGACAACGUCUGCCAUCGAUCAGCUGAGGUGACCAUGGCGUCGUUUUACCGCGUGGACAGCGAGUGUUCGCUUCUCCCAAGCACAUUGGGCACCUUGGAGGAGCACAACUUCCUGUUCAGGCUGCAGCUCCAGGACAAAGAAGACCACGACUCCAGUGAAGGUUUGGAAAUUCCACUGAUUGCUGUGCUACAAUGGCACACAUCAUCACCCCCCCGCACGAGGCGCAUAGCCACUUUUUACUCACUGCCGAGCAUCAGCUUGAAUCGUCCUCGGUUGCUGAUGAUCGCUUCCUGCCCGAGGGUCGUCAGGCCUCGCCAGAGCUUUCCGGUCAAGUACACUCUAGUCAACAACCUACGAGACUUCUUGUCUGUCCGGCUGCGCUGGAAUUUUCAGGGUGAGUUCUCCCAACACGUAGCCUCGCCCAGCCGGAGGCCGGCUCCCAUUCUGUGUUUCGUUCGUCCAGCUCACGCAGGAGGAGGAAGCCACCGAGAACGCGAGGUGACAGCCGUGGUGUGCCAGUCUCCCUUCAGUAACCUUGGGUGUAGCAAGAAAGGCUCCAACAUUUCUUUUACCGUCGCCUUCCAAAUACUUGAAACGGGACUCUUUGAGUUAAGUCAGCACAUGAGAAUGAAGCUACAGUUCACGGCGCCAUCCGAGGAGCCCCGAUCGCCCCAGAGGUGCGCGCGAGCCUCAGUCGACAACGUCAAACGGUCCUUGAGCUUCUCCCAACAGCCGCAUCUUCCCAGACCACACCACGUCAGGACUGGCAGCAUGGUGGAGCGUCCAUUCGCCAGGACUCCAGAGCAAAGACUCGUUUCACCGGACCAGGUUGCUAAAAGACAGUGUCAGGUGUUUGUGCUGGAGCACAUCGGCAGCUGAUAAUUGCGGACUAUUUAAGGGUGUUUUGUAUUCUAGAAUAGGAUAUGGCAACCAAACUGAAGUCUUAACACUGGUUUUAUUUGGAUCAUUAUUUAUGUGAGUUAUUUUCAAAUAUUUAUUUGAGUGUGUUCUCCUCAUUUCAGUGCUUACUACACUGGCCAUAGCACAUCAAGCCAUGUUGACCUACCUUAAACUUAUUUCCGAAUGUUUCAAUUUAAUUAUCUUAAUGUUUACAUAUUUGUCCUUUAUUUAUGACUCUUGUAUUUUAUUCUUCUAAUAUAUGGACUUAUUUUCCUGUAAUAUUUAGACUUGACUUUUGUCCUCAUGAGAGUAUAGUUUGGGUAAAUUAUGACUUUGCAAAAAGACAAUGAUAUUUCCACAUAAGAUUUUGCCUUUUCACAGAAUUUUAUGCCUUUAUUUUCCUAUUUACAUUGUAAUUAUUAUUUUUUUCUCUCUUGACUUCUCAAAAGUAAUUGUUUUCGCACAAAUAAGGCAAUAUUCUCAAAAUUAUGACUUCUCCUCAAAUUAAAAUUAUAACAAUUUAUCAGUAAUUAUGUGAUAAUUUUAGGUAAUUGUUUUAGUGUGUUGCACACUGCCUGGUCCAAUGUUUUGAAAUAUUCAUGCAAAAUGUCAAAUUCUGCUGUUUGAAUGUAUAUUUCAAGAAUCAAUGUGAAUUUCUUUUCUUUCUGAAAGCAUUUCAUCAAACUGAAAUAAAAUAUAAUUUAAAAAAAGAA